GAGCAAAGAAAUAUUGAAUUUUUUUGUUGUAGGAUUAGGGCUUCAACAAUUUUUUUUUUCAAAAAGUAAAGAAGGAAGUACCUUUAAUCAAAAGAGUGGGAACCCAAGACAGAGAUCCUGUUUGUUUGUUGUUUUCUGUUUUGUCUGUUUUUUUAUUUGGUUUUGUUCAUGUUAUUUGGUUGAUGUUGGGGAGAUCGACAGUUGAAAGAAAUUGGGCAGUUUUUCCUGUUCCAGUUUUGUGUCCUUAAAUCUUUUCACCCAAAAAGGAGUUGCUAGAUUUUCCUAGUUUUGGAGAUGAACUGUGUAGAAAUUGUGGACUUGUCUAGUGAUGAUGAACUUGGAGAGGUAGAUGUGAAACCUGUUAAAUUGGAGCCUGGAACUGUUGUUGGCAGCACAACAAAGCAGAAAAAUGACCAUAGAUUCCAACCUGUUGAGCUUGUUAAGUACAAAACCCAACCUGGAAAACAAGCUUCUGAAGAAAAUAAAAGCUCAAACAACGCUUUAAGUACUGGUCAAAGUAGUACCAGUUUUUUGGAACAAGGCCAGUCUCCAGGGGAUGAUACAGGUGUUUCUUCAACUUCAGCUGUGUCUCCAGCGCCAGUUUGUCGACAAUUCUGGAAAGCUGGGAGCUAUGAAGGGGGGCUUGGUUCCAAGGUCACUCUACAAAAUAGCAAAAAUUAUCUACAUGUUCACCCGCUGUUUCUUCAUUCAAAUGCCACUUCGCAUAAGUGGGCCUUUGGUGCUAUUGCAGAACUACUUGACAAUGCCAUUGAUGAGAUCCAAAAUGGGGCCACUUUUGUCAUUGUAGAUAAAACAUCAAAUCCGAGGGAUGGGAGUCCAGCAUUGUUAAUUCAAGAUGAUGGUGGUGGAAUGGACCCUGAAGCAAUGCGUCGCUGCAUGAGCUUUGGAUUUUCAGAUAAGAAGUCAAAAUCUGCAAUUGGACAAUAUGGCAAUGGUUUCAAGACUAGUUCUAUGAGACUUGGAGGAGAUGUCAUUGUUUUCAGCCGCUACUUAGACAAUAGGUCAUUGACUCAAAGCAUUGGUCUCCUCUCUUAUACAUUCUUGACAAGAACAGGCCAUGAUAGAAUAGUAGUACCUAUGGUGGAUUAUGAGCUUAAUGUGUCAACUGGCAUGCUGGAUGUGUUGCAUGGUAGAGAACAUUUUGUGUCUAAUCUUUCCAUUUUGUUGCAAUGGUCUCCAUAUUCAACAGAGGCUGAGCUUUUGAAGCAAUUUGAUGACAUUGGUUCCCAUGGCACAAAAAUUAUUAUCUACAAUUUAUGGCUCAAUAAUGAUCGGGAUUCGGAGCUAGACUUUGAUUCUGAUCCAAAGGAUAUUCGCAUUAGUGGAGACACCAAAAAAGUCAACACAAUCCCUGCUUGGAAAGCUGUAAAUGAACAACACAUUGCCAGCCGUUAUCAUAUUUCUCUUCGUGUAUAUUUGUCGAUCUUGUACUUGCGAAUUCCUGACACUUUCAGGAUAAUAUUGCGUGGGGAAAUUGUCGAGCAUCAUAACAUAGCUGAUGAUCUCAAAUUUAUAGAAUAUAUCUUGUAUAGGCCUCAAAGCCUUGGAUCUGUGGAGGGUACGGUUGUAUGUACAAUUGGUUUUCUUAAAGAAGCUCCACAAGUUAAUAUCCAUGGCUUUUGUGUCUACCACAAGAACCGUCUAAUUCUGCCAUUUUGGCAGGUUGUUAGCUAUUCAGACAGUAGGGGUAGAGGUGUGGUUGGUGUUUUGGAAGCUAAUUUUGUUGAGCCAACUCAUAACAAACAAGAUUUUGAGAGAACUUCCCUUUUUCAGAAGCUUGAAGGUCGCUUGAAGGAAAUGACAUGGGAAUAUUGGGAUUAUCAUUGUGGACUAAUUGGGUAUCAGGUCAAGAAAAAGUCUCGACCAGCAGCAUCUCAUGUUUCAUCUCACUUUACAGGACAGAGCAGUGCAGAACAACCUGUUCUGUUGAAUCAAACUUCCUUGGAUGCUGAUAGAGCUAAAACAGGGUGUACAGAUGUUGGAGUGAAGCAAUCAAUCACCAACUCUCAUGGGAGAAGCAUGCAAGGAUUGCCUACGAAGAGGAAGGAACCUGGCGACUUAGCAAACUUUGAAAAGGUGAAACGUCAGGCAGGGACUAGUGCCAACACAGUUGUACAGCCUGUCGAUACUACUGCAAAUCACUCGAAAGAUCAAGAAACUAUUUACUUGAUGCAAGAAAACAAAAAACUGCGUGCAAAAUGCUCGGAAUAUGAGAAGAGAAGGGAGGAACUUAACAUCAAGGUCGAAAAGCUUAGAAGCGAAGUCAGUGAGGUUCAGCGCGAGUAUUAUCGACUGUUGGCUGAACUAAACUCCCUGGAUAUUGUGAAGGAUGAGAAUGAUGUGUAUAUGUAAAUUUUUCUUGUCCCUAAUGUUCAAUUCUUUUAUUUGUAAAACAAUGUUGUUGUAGCUCAGUGUAUCCAAGUGAUCUCAACUUUGUAGAGGGGAUGGGAUUGACAGGUCAUAACUACUUAAUGGUAGGAGCUGAAAAAAAAAAAACCCAAAAAGAAAAACAAAAAUAAUUUUCCAAUGCUGACAAAUUCCUUUUUCACUUAUUUAUUUAUUUAUUACAUUUUAC